UUAAUGUAUAUACCUCAUCCUCAUCCCCACAGUCUGUGGACUUAUUUCCGUGUGGGCAGCAGGGAUACAUUUAAAAUGCCCCCAUUUUUUGACUUAAACCAAUCCGCAUAGAAAGCCGUUCCCCGCAAAUUCUUGAAUCCGCACUAGCGUGGAUUUGACAGUGCACUGUCACACUUCCCUCUGCGAAUGUCUCGUUCAAAUUGCAAUCGAUCACCGGGUUUAUUUUAUUACUAAAGCCACCCCCACUUAAUUCUACACAGGAGAUUUUUUCCCUCAGUGUAUGUGAGCCAAAUUCUCAACCAAGAGACAGCACGUGCUUCUCACAAUACCGCGCUUUUAGUUUACAUUUUGCAUCCCCUUCAUGUGCGCACCGGUUUUAAACGCAUUGUUCUUGAUAAGCGCGCAUUGGUGAGGGCAAGACACUGACUGCAGGAACAGAACGUGCUUAAGACUCCGUUUGGAACUCACACACACGAUGAGCGCGCGCGGUGAGGAAGCCGCCGGCGAAGCUUCAGGAUCGCAGGAGCAAACCGAGCCCGAGCCUGGCCCUGCCGAGCCAAAGAAGAGGGGACCGGGUAGACCCAGGAAGCCGCAACAGGAACCCACAGGAGAGCCUGUCCCCAAACGUCCAAGGGGACGCCCCAAAGGAAGCAAGAACAAGGGCCCCUCCAAAGCAGCGCAAAAGAAAGCUGAGACCACAGGAGAGAAAAGACCUAGAGGAAGACCCAGGAAAUGGCCACAGCAAGUGGUCCAGGAAAAGCCCGCUCAGGAAGAAGAAGAGGAGGAGGCGGAGCAAGAAGAGGACUAAGCAACCACAGGAUUUUACCUCUACCUCAUCCAGCUGUCAGCUCUCUCCAAGGGAAAAGACUGCCUUGACCACUUAUUAUUGCCUUCCCACUUUCGUUUGAUCAUUUUCGUUUGUUUAUUUUCAUUUUUCCUCAUUGGUUUAUUUGGGUUUGGUUUCGUUUUGUGAUCAACACACACAACACCUCAGAACAUAACCAGAAAAAAAGACAAAAAAGAAAAUGCAAACAAACAUCUUGCAGAAGACAAUUGGAGCCGCCUUUCUGUUUCCAUUUCCCACAAAACUGCUGUAAGCACAAAGGUGCAGGGGUUAAACAAACAAUAUGUGCUGCAGUGGUUCUUUGCGCCCCACACACACACACACACACACACACACACACACACACAAACACUCUCUCUUGUUGACUGAUUUUCCAGGCUACAUUGGUAAAGAAGAAGGUGAAACUGUCUGGUUUUGUCAUUCAGCAAAUGGUGCUUCUUAUAUCUGGGUGGAGCUUUAAAUGGACACACCCAUUCACACAAGAACCCCCCUCCCCCUGCCCCCCACAGUACCGAACCACCAAAGACCAUUUUCCCUUCUCAUCAACACUUCAUGUUGAUAUUUUGAACAAAAUGACAGUGAGCUUUAAAAGUAUUUGCCUUAAAGGUGCUGUAUGUAAGAUUUUGACUUUACUAACGCAUAAAAAUACCAUAAUAUGUUUGCAAAUAUUUAAGAAACAUCCAAA